GGGAUGUUUGAAAGAGGUGGUGCUGUUUAGGUCAUGAGGAGGAGGAGGAGGAGGCAGAGGAUGUUAAAAGUCCAAGAUUUAGUCAGCAAAGCAAAGCGAAGACUUGUGCUUUGUCUUCACCCUCUUUGGACCUGCUCACAGCGAGGACCAUGACUUUGGAGGGCAAAUCUACUGAGCACGUGCACCUCGGCAUUGGUGGUGAACAACAAGAAGACAUGGAUCUCUCAGCACGGGAGGACCAGAGCGACGUAAUGGCCCGACUCUACGGCAUCUCUACUUCUCCAGUGAAGCCCCCUUACUCUUACAUUGCUCUCAUCACCAUGGCGAUCCUCCAGAGCCCCAAGAAAAGACUCACCCUCAGUCAGAUCUGUGACUUCAUCAGCCAGAACUUUGCCUACUAUCGAAGCAAGUUCCCCGCGUGGCACAAUUCAAUCCGACACAACCUGUCUUUGAACGACUGCUUCGUCAAGAUCCCCCGGGAGCCCGGCGUUCCCGGAAAGGGAAAUUUCUGGACUUUGGACCCCAUGUCGGUUGACAUGUUUGCAAACGGGAGCUUUCUUCGGCGGAGGAAACGCUUCACGAGACAACAGAAACCUUGGAAGACAGUCAACGACUCUGUCCUGCCGGGCGCUCUUCAACCUGGACCCACCAGAAUCCCUCUACUUCAACCUGAGCCAUACCGCCAACUGAGCCUUGGAGGUUUUUUAAACACCCAGGCUCAGCCCGAGAGUCCCUCUAUAAGAACUUUGAUUCCUUCACUUCUUUCCAAGAGAUUGCCGUCUGCUUUGGACAUCUGCACGUCCAUCCAGCCUUUGGACAGGAACUUUCCCUUGACCUAUGCUGUAUCACGUCAUGGGAGGACACCUAAUUACAUCUUUAAGGAUCCAAAACAAUCCUUUUGCUUUAGUCCUGCAAUUGCUUGAUGGCCAUUUAUAGUGCUUUUUAAAUUGCAUAAAUUCAGUGGACAGAGAAUUUGCUUCCUCUUCAAAUGUAUCUGGCUUUUUUUUUUUUUUUUAGCUCUUUUUAACACGUUUAAUC